GCAAUAAAUUAUUCUUCUCAUCAAAAGCGGCCGAGAGCCCGAGACUCCCCCCCGUGCCUCUCUCUCUCCCGAAUCGGCUUCACCCCGCAACGGAUCUCUUCCAAAUCGGCUUCACCCACACCGGAACGAGCGGCGGCUGCGCUGCCCCCUGCGCGCUUAGGUUGCCGUCGGCCGGAUCGAUUGGGCCAUCGGAAUCUGGAUCUGGCCGAUCAUGUCUCCAGGCCUCCAGGCCUCCAACCCACCAUGGAUUCUAUUCUGGUUUGGGCGCCGGCGGGAGUCUUCGCUGUGGUCGCCUGCGCAGACCGCGUCAGUACCAUCGCACUUGCCUGCUGUAAGUACUAGCCCCGAUGGCAAUCUUGUUUAAAUUAAUUGUACCAUGACUGUUUGGUUACGCAAUAUAUACUACUUCCUCCGGCAGGGAGUACUGCUUGAGGGAUUGUACUAAAUCAGUGAUUGAGGGAGUACUACUAAUAUCGUCCGUAAAUCAUUUAUUUGGACACCUAUGUUCUGAAGGGCAACAAUUCUGAUUAAGCAUUUUUCAUUAAAAUAGCUGGGGCAACAAUUCUGAUUAAGCAAUUUUCAUUUAAAUAGCUGGGGAAACAAAAGCAAUUUUCAUUUAAAUAGCUGGGGAACGAUCUAAAGUAACAUGAUCAUGCAUAGAAGAUUACAAAGACACGAGACGAGAGAAAGGAAGAAAAAAAGAAAAAUGAGAUAGUCAGAUUACACACACAUUGUACAUGACAUGUGUCGUCCUUGUUGGAUAGGACGUCUUUGUAGCAUGGCUUGAUUAAGCACAUUUUGGACCAAAGUGAACCAAAUUGGGCGCACCUUGCAAAUUGAGGGGUUGUUACUAUAGCAUGAAAGUAGCUAGACUUAACUGAACUAGGCGCAAGUAAACCACCCCGGAUUUUCUGUUUGAUUUUUGGAUCAAAAAAUGAAGGCAAAGCCAAUAUACAUGCGCCUUCAUCUUUUUGAAGGCAUUGUCUUGGAAGAUGAUACUCCCUCCGUCCCAUAUUGUCGACAAAGCCAUCCCAGAUCGAGCACGAUAUCUCAAUGAGAUGGCAGCCAUGUUCAGGCUGGGUGUGGCUUGCAUCAUCAAGGACCCGCAGGAGAGGCCAGCCAUGUCCGAGGUUCUUUGCUACCUUCGCAAACGUGGCCGUUGAUUCGGUGUCUCACCUGCUAUGUAUCAACUCUGUGGCCGUCUAUUACUGCUGGUGACUCGGUGACAGAUUUUCCUAGACCCAAUAAAGUUUCGUGAGGCUCCUAUUCAAGUUUCUGGCUAUGACAUUUCCAAUUUGACAAAGCACAUAAAGACCACCUAUGGGAAAUUGCAAAAGGAGAAGAAGAAUAAGAAGCGGCGUCGGGGUGCCGAGGAGGAAGAGGAUGAUGUGGACAGCAUCAUCUCACGUACAUUCAAGAAGAGAAGCUGCUUCUUUCAGUUGCCAUACUGGGAGAAUGCACAUUAUUAAUAUUCCAAUGGUUGUGAACAUAGAAUCCCCCCGAUCAAUGGGAGACAUUGGUCAGGCUAAAUCUGAGCAACUGAAAGCAAACCGAGCUACACAGGAAAAUGGGAAGCACACAACAGGAUCACGAAGUUUUGCUGAUGUCCUUGACCAAAAGGGUGAGAUUAAAAAAGCACCUGAAGCAGAUCCAUCUCUUAUUGGAGAGGAAGCACAUGAUACUGAUCUGUACUCAACAGUGUUCCCACAAGCUAAAAAAGGAAGGUAUGGCCUUGGACUACUUGCAGGUGGAGGGGCUUCUCAGCGCCUUGCCGAAGCUUUGGCUAAACUUGAAGAAACAACGCAAGAGAAUAAGGAGCUUAAGCUUAUGGUGGAUAAGUUAGCAACAAAUCAAACUUCAAUGAUGGCCCAAAGUUAUAGGAUGGAACAACAGUACAAUGAACUAAAAACCCUGUUCUUGUCAUACAAGGGCAUUGCUAUUAGCAAUGUGGAGGUGCAGGUGCUGAAGAUGAAUCCAGGAUGGAAAGUCUCGAUCCGCAGAUGCUUCGGGUACAGCGAGAGAAGCAAUCGUCACCCUCUGAUCUAUAAUGAGCAAGAUGUACUUAACAACCUUGGGGAUGCCAAUGCCAUGAGCAUCAUCAAUGGUGGUACCUGGACAUCAGUACUUUACCGAGUUCAGCUGCCGAAUCAAUCCAGGGCGGUGGUCGUGAAGAAGCUGCAGAACGAGGGUGGAAAUGCAGAGUAUGCCGGUCUCACUAACCAAUGCCAGUCCGAGGUAAACUUGCUGGGAAGCAUUCAUCACAACAACAUCAUCAGUCUUGAAGAUUGCUUUAGGGAAAGCAACUUCAUUGUGCUCGUCUACAACCACAAGGAGAACGGCAGCCUCUACCAGUGGCUGCACAACCCUGCUGAUCCCCCCAGCUGGGUGCACAGGGGAGGAUUCUGGACUGGCCGACGAGGCGGGGCAUCGCCAUUGGUUCCGCUGAAGGGCUCUACUACCUGCACCAUGGACGCAACAACCCCAUCGUGCACCACAACGUCAACUCUGCCAGCAUAUUGCUUGACACUGACCUCAAGGCCAAGGUCGCAUGCUUCGAUCUCGCACAGGUCAGCCUUGCCGGACAUGACCAGCCGGUGCCAAUCCACGAGCCCACUGCUCUCAACAUGUUUGGCUACACAGCUCCAAGUUAGGUUUCAUCUACAACAUACUUAAUUGCCCGUGCGCCUAAUUACAAAACUGAACAAUGUAUUUUUACAUGGAUCAAUUUUAUUGCUGCAGAAUAUGCGACUAUGGUGACCGCCAAGGUCGACGUGUACAGCUUCGGUGUGGUGCUGCCGGAGCUCGUCACUGGGCGGGUGGCCAACAAAGCCAUUGUGGAUGGCCACCUGGCAGCCUGGGCAGGGAGGCAUUGCAACGGCCUGAUGGAAAACGCUGGAGAUUUCAGCGGCAUCGUCGACAUGGCCAUCCCAGAUCGAGCACGAUACCUCAAGGAGAUGGCUGCCGUGUUCAAGCUGGGUGUGGAUUGCACCGUCAAGGAGCCGCAGGAGAGGCCAUCCAUGCACGAGGUUCUCUACCGCCUCCGCAACCGUGGCCGCUGAUUCAAUCUCGCCUGUUAUGUAUCAUCAACCCAGAGGCUGACUAUAAUUGCUUGUGAUUCAGUGGUGAAAGUGGGCAGCACCAAACAUAACUUGUUUUGUGGAAGCCUCACGUACAUUUCAAAUAUGUUUUGCUUUGGUUUUGAAAAUGUAUUGUCUUGUUUCUGAAGGUUUUCCAAGAUUUGACUCAA